UCAGAGACGAUCCAGACAGAGACUCGAACGUAACCCAAAUUACCACUAGCGGAAGUACAUUUUUUAAACUUCCGUCAGUGCCCGCCAAUUUGUCUUGAGGAAAAUUGUCAUAAAGCUUUGAACUAAGUUAUCAGAAAAAUGUCGUCAACAUCACAAAAACACAGAAAUUUUGUGGCAGAGCCAAUGGGUGAUAAGCCUGUAACAGAGUUGGCAGGAAUUGGUAAAGUACUUGGAGAACGACUCAGCGAUGAAGGUUUUGACAAGGCUUAUGUGGUACUGGGACAGUUUCUUGUCCUGAAGAAAAAUGAAGAAUUGUUUCAAGACUGGUUGAAAGAAAUCACUGGCGCCAAUGCCAAACAGCAGCGUGACUGUUACACAUGUCUUAAAGAAUGGAGUGAUGCCUUUUUGUGAAAAUCUGUCACACUUUGUCAAGCUUUACAUCUAAAUGACAUUUUAGAUUCAAAUAACAACAUGUUAGAAGCUAUCUUAGCAUUAUGAAAUCGUAAAAAACAUCACAGGCUAUGAUGUCACUAUGGCGUGAGCUGUAGUGACAUCAUAGUCAACAAUGGUUUUAUAAUUUUGUAGUUCUAACAUAGCUUCGAAAAGCCCAUGCCUGGUCUUUAUUUAUUGUUGAUUAAUUUAGAAAUACUUGCAGUGUUUAAGCUGGUCAAAAAUAAUGUUAGUGAUAUGUAGGAAACUACAAACAAACAACUCCUGCAAUUAAGAAAAUGUUCAGUGCAAAAAAAAACAUGCCAUUGAAAAAUAUUUUUAAUAUAUAGUACAAGGAGGAUUAAAAAUUCUGCAGCAAUCUCCAUGGCAUUGCAUCUGGCAAAUGAUAGUUUAAAUGCUGCUUCUUGUUCAUUGUACGUAGUUUUAUCUACAAUGUUCUGUUAGUUCUGUUUAUUAAUACAUGUACAUAUAUUAUUGUAUUUUCAUAGUAGUCGGGGCUAGCUCUGCCACUCACCAAAUUCGCCACUUAUAAAUGUAAAAAAAUUUUUUGGCAGAUUUUAUUUUAAAUAGACAAAAUAAUUUCGGGUAAAUGAGUGAUAUUUUCUUGAAAUAUAACUGGGUUUCUACACAUUUUUUAAAAGUUUACCGGUAAUAGAUAAUUUGGCAAAGAAAAAUUAUAGCCCUGAUAGUUACAAAUAUAACAGUCACAUAUAAAUUAACAUGAAUGAUUGUGCUAUGUAACACUGGCUUACUUCACUAAACUGUCGUAACUCUGCAAUCUUGGAGUGCCAUGAAAAAUUGACUUUCAAAAACGACAGGGUUCAAACCUAAGAAUUUGUCUCCCACUGCAAAGUAAGCAAAAAAUUGCGGUAGGUGAAACAACCCACCAAUGGCAAUUUUGAGCCUGCAUACAGCAAUUUUUUUUUUAAUGACUGAACGGUUAUUUUGCUAUAUGUAGACAUUUCAAAUGUACAAAUGGUAUAUACUGGCAGAUAAUGUACACCAGGUACACUGAGAAACUUUAUCGAUGACAAAAGUGCGUUCGAUGAUGCUCCUGAUCUACAGCAAUUUAUAUCUCAACGACAGCAAUUGCUGUCAGGGCUGUCGUUAAGUUCGAGCCCUGAGACAAUGUGAUGUUGCUUAAGAGAGCUUUGUGAAUUGGGGCCCAUUGUCUAUAUUUGGUGAAAAUAAUUAGAUGCUCAGAAGAGUAAAUAUAUCUGUAAUUUUGCAUGUAGUUCAUUGCCUAAUAAGUUUGUAAAAAUACAAAUUGUGGAAGUCUGAACUGAACUACUAUUUCUUGAAUAAACUAACUGUCAAGUCUGUAUCUGUUUAAACACACACAAAAUAUCAAGUGAACCAUCAUUUUGUUCACAUAUUGGUUACGCAGGACACAAUAUUUCAUGCAAAUUGUCAUUCUAUUUCUAAUUUUAUGCGUUGUUUGUGCAACUUUACAUUCCAGGGAACAUUUUGUUCAGUAUCGCAUCGCGAUUCGCUAUGCAAAUUUCAAAGAUCGCUACACAAUUUUAAAAUAUUAAACAGUAGUUGCUAAUCGAUUUUCAAUUGACCAGAAAUAUGGCUAAUCCAGAUUUAGAAAACAAAAUGUUCCCUGCAUUCAUGUGAACCUUCAACUGGUUACGUGGUACACCGUCAAUCAUUCUAAAAGUCACCUUACAAGUAUCAAAGAAACUUAUUAAAAAUAUUUUUAUUUUAUUUUUUAUUUUUCUUGAACUUGACAUAUCAGCUAAAAAUACUGUCAUUAAGAUAUAUAAUUAAUCAAGUUUGAGGUCAUUGAUUAGCUUACUUUUAAAAUAUUAUUCAUGUAACCAAACAAUCAGUUACCUGCUAAAAUCAUAUGACCAGACUUCUUGUUACCUAAAUUUCUGAAAUAUUGUCCCCUCGUUAUUCAAGUUGAAAAUGAUGUAAACUGUCAGUGAACUGUUACAUGUUCUGAAUGACACUUCUUACAUCACGUUAAAACCUUGCAGAAAUGGAACGUCAACAAUAACAACAGAGCUAUAUGUGAAUGUAAAUUAUUUGUAUACGCCCAUCUAUGAUGGGUCAUAUUAUGGUAUGGCGUUGUCCGUCAGUACGUCCAUCUGUUAACUUUUUCUUGUCCGGACGAUAUCUUGCAUACAGAUGCAUACAGGACCAUCAAACUUCAUAUGUAGGAACAACUUAGGAUAGUGGUUUGUCACAUACUAUUACUAGGUCACUGUGACCUAUUUUUCAUGGUCUAUUGAACAACAGUAAAUCCAUGUCUGGACCAUAUCUUGCAUACGGAUGCAUACAGGACCAUCAAACCUCACAUGUAAGAACAACUUGGGAUGACAGUGUGUCACAUACUAUUACUAGGUCACUGUGACCUACUUUUCAUGGACUAC